GGGCGUCUGCCCCAGACCUCGGGUCUGUGGCGCCUGCAGCGCCAAGACGGGGAGCUCCGGGCUCUGGGCUCCUGGGGGACCGGGGCCACCCCACCCCCGCCUCCUCCGCCUUUGGAAUGCUGCUGAACCCUGUCGCCUCCACCCCCUUCUCGGUCAAUGACAUCCUGAGGCUGGAGCGAGAGCAGAUUGAUUCCGAGUCCUUGCAACUCCGGGGGACACGGAGGAUCCCUGAAAGCUUUCAGUGUCUGCGAUUGGUUCCAGAACCGCGAAAGGCAGAGGUUCCCAGCAUCUGCAGGGCCGGCGGCGGCGACAGCGGCAGAAGGCAGGACGAGUCGGGGUCUCCUGGUGGUCCCUGUGAGACAGUCACGGACAUGGACGCAGAACGGGUCCGGGAGCCAGAGCCGGGCCUUAGCGCAGCCCCGCCCCUCCACGGCGGGACCAGGGGGCCGGAGCGCUGCGUUGGCGACGUUGGCAUCGGCACGCGCGGGGACAGCACCGAGCAGCCCAAGGCGCGGCAGCGGCGGAAGCCGCGCGUGCUUUUUUCGCAGGCGCAGGUGCUGGCGCUGGAGCGGCGCUUCAAGCAGCAGCGGUACCUGUCAGCGCCUGAGCGCGAGCACCUGGCCGGCGCGCUGCAGCUCACGCCUACGCAGGUCAAGAUCUGGUUCCAGAACCGGCGCUACAAGUGCAAGAGACAGCGCCAGGACAAGUCCCUAGAACUGGCGGGCCACCCCCUAGCGCCGCGCCGGGUGGCGGUGCCCGUGCUUGUGCGGGAUGGCAAGCCCUGCCUGGGCCCCGGCGCGCCGGCCUUUUCCGGCCCCUACAGCGCGGCCGCGGCGCCCUAUUCCUGUUACGGCGGCUACGCGGGCGCUCCUUUCGGCGCCGGCUACGGUGGUGGCUACGCGGGUGCGCCCCCGGGUCCCGUGCCGCCCGCACCUCUGGCCCGCGCAGGCUUCGCUGUGGGUGGCCCCAGCGCCAGCCGGCAGAGCCCUCUGCCCGCCGCGCUGCAGGGUGUCAGGGCCUGGUGAGGCGCCUGGGCUCCGUCCGCCCACCGUGUCCUGGGGCUCCGUCCCAGCCUCUCCGCAUACCGGCUUCGGCCUGGAUGAGCGGCGGCGGAGGGAAUAGGCGACCAGAUGGUACUACUCCCUUAGCAAUCCCUGAACUUAGAAUUGCCCCCCAACAGGCCAUCCCGCUGAGGCACUGGGGACAUUCCUCUCUCCAGGGACCUAAAGUGCACGGGGCAGCAGUGGGAGGAAGGAAAGUCUAUAGGGUAGUUGGCAGUUUCGGGUGUCGGAGCAAUAUCCGAGGCUGGUGACUGUCGGGCCUCAAACCCAGGGUUUGCUAAUAAACUCUUUAAUUUGUGUGCAGCAGCCCGGGCGCCUGGCCCGGAGGAGGCGGGCUGUGAGUGGGGGUGGGGUGCCCUAGAGGCCCACGAUCCUCCAUUAGUCUAGAGGUUGGGGAAUGAAUGUAAAAAGUAGAGGAGUGAAGUGUGGGAACUCGCGUGAAGAGCGGGAGUGAGGGGUGGGGAGA